UCACCACAAGCACCUAGGCCAGAUACGGACCGCUGGAAACCACUUUGCAAAAAUCUAUCCUAACCGUCAGUCCAUCAUCCAAUUUAUUUUUCUUUAAUUUAUAUUUUUUUCAACAGAAACAGCUAGGAUAAUUUCUUAACCGUCGACGGUACUUUCAGAAAAAUAUUAUUAUAUCCAUGGCAAUCUUGGGUUUAUUUAAUUGAUUUACCAAAACCAUCGAAGUUGAAAAACUUUUCAGCCAACCGGUAAACUUUUACGCAUGGACGCUGCGAGAACGCGCACCGCUCCGAGAUCGUCGGUGCUCGUAAAGUGAGCGCUGAGGUGUGCUCCUUGAACCUUUCCUACCUUCUCGGCACUCCACGUCUUUUUGAAGGAUGCUCGCUUUCCCUCGGAGUAGAUGGUGGUGGUUUGUACUGGCGCUCCUCGUGGCCACGGUGCGGACGGGGACGUCCCAGAGACCAGAAGCGCGCUCCAAGGCAAACUCCAUCAGGUCGGCGUUGUUGGAAGAGGCGCACCCCACGCCGGGGACCAACCACACCGGGACCCUUCACAGCGCAGGGGUCCCCAAGAAGCACAACGUCCUCACACAGGCGUAUCCGUGCAGCAGUGACAAGGAGUGCAGCCUGGGCAGCUACUGCCAAAGCCCCCAGCAGGCCCCCUCCAGAUGCCUCACCUGCCGCAGGAGGAAAAAGCGUUGCCAUAGAGACGCCAUGUGUUGCCCCGGAAACCGCUGCAGCAGCUACAUCUGCGUCCCCGUCUCGGAGAGCGUGCUGUCCCAGCACAUCUCGCCCCUGGGCGACCACAAUAAGCUCUCCACCAAGGAGCACGGCUGGAGGAGGAACGGGAAGACGAACGGGAAGACGAACGGGAAGACGCAGCCCAAGCAUUCCCUCAAAGGCCACGAGGGCGACCCCUGCCUGCGCUCGGCCGACUGCUCCGAGGGCUUCUGCUGCGCACGCCACUUCUGGACCAAGAUCUGCAAGCCUGUGCUGCGGCAGGGCGAGGUGUGCACCAAGCUCCGCAAGAAGGGCUCCCACGGCCUGGAGAUCUUCCAGCGCUGCGACUGCGCCAAGGGACUCUCCUGCAAGGUGUGGAGGGACGCCACGUCCUCCUCCAAGUCCCGCCUGCACAUGUGCCAGAAGGUCUGA